CCCUGCUGCUGCUGCUGUCGCCUGCGCCUGCUGCCCCAACUCGGCGCCCGACUUCUUCAUGGUGUGCGGAGGUCAUGUUCGCUCCUUAGCCGGCCAACGACUUUUCUCCUCGCCUCCUCGCCCCGCAUGUUCAGGACCAAACGAUCUGCGCUCGUCCGGCGUCUCUGGAGGAGCCGUGCGCCCGGCGGCGAGGACGAGGAGGAGGGCGCGGGGGGAGGCGGAGGAGGAGGCGAGCUGCGGGGAGAAGGGGCGACGGACGGCCGGGCGCAUGGGGCCGGCGGCGGCGGCGCAGGCAGGGCUGUCUGCUGCCUGGGCAAGGCGGUGCGAGGUGCCAAAGGUCACCACCAUCCCCACCCCCCAGCCGCGGGCGCCGGCGCGGCCGGGGGUGGCGAGGCGGAUCUGAAAGCGCUCACGCACUCGGUGCUCAAGAAACUGAAGGAACGGCAGCUGGAGCUGCUGCUCCAGGCCGUGGAGUCCCGCGGCGGUACGCGCACCGCGUGCCUCUUGCUGCCCGGCCGCUUGGACUGCAGGCUGGGCCUGGGGGCGCCCGCCGGCUCACAGCCGGCGCAGCCGCCCUCCACCUACUCGCUCCCCCUCCUGCUGUGCAAAGUGUUCAGGUGGCCGGAUCUCAGGCAUUCCUCGGAAGUCAAGAGGCUGUGUUGCUGUGAAUCUUACGGGAAGAUCAACCCCGAGCUGGUGUGCUGCAACCCCCAUCACCUUAGCCGGCUCUGCGAACUAGAGUCUCCCCCUCCUCCUUACUCCAGAUACCCGAUGGAUUUUCUCAAACCAACUGCAGACUGUCCAGAUGCUGUGCCUUCCUCCGCUGAAACAGGGGGAACGAAUUAUCUGGCCCCUGGGGGGCUUUCAGAUUCCCAACUUCUUCUGGAGCCUGGGGAUCGGUCACACUGGUGCGUGGUGGCAUACUGGGAGGAGAAGACGAGAGUGGGGAGGCUCUACUGUGUCCAGGAGCCCUCCCUGGACAUCUUCUAUGAUCUACCUCAGGGGAAUGGCUUUUGCCUCGGACAGCUCAAUUCGGACAACAAGAGUCAGCUGGUGCAGAAAGUACGGAGCAAAAUCGGCUGUGGCAUCCAGCUCACGCGGGAAGUGGACGGCGUGUGGGUGUACAACCGCAGCAGUUACCCCAUCUUCAUCAAGUCGGCCACACUGGACAACCCGGACUCCAGGACGCUGUUGGUACACAAAGUGUUCCCCGGUUUCUCCAUCAAGGCUUUUGACUACGAGAAGGCGUACAGCCUGCAGCGGCCCAACGACCACGAGUUCAUGCAGCAGCCGUGGACUGGCUUCACCGUGCAGAUCAGCUUCGUGAAGGGCUGGGGCCAGUGCUACACUCGCCAGUUCAUCAGCAGCUGCCCGUGCUGGCUGGAGGUCAUCUUCAACAGCCGGUAGCCACGCGGGGAGAGGGCAGAGCGGGGGCAGAGCGGGCCCAGUCCAAACUACUUUGCUGCUAAUAUUUCCCUCCUGAGUGCUUGCUUUUCAUGCAAACUCUUUGGUCAUUAUUCCCCCCCCCCCCCCC